GCGCAUGGCCACGGUGUUUGCACGGGUCCACAAGGCAAAGGCGAAUACACUGGAGCCUGGCACUACGGUUUCGAGGUAUCGGGCGUCUAUACAUGGCCAUCUGGAAACACAUACCAAGGUCAGUGGCAGAAUGGCAAACGUCACGGACUGGGAGUGGAGCAACGUGGCCGAUGGGUGUAUAAGGGCGAAUGGACUCAGGGCUACAAGGGCAGAUAUGGACAGCGACAGUCGAUGACUUCACAAGCCAGGUAUCAGGGCACCUGGUCUGCUGGCUUUCAUGACGGCUACGGUACCGAGACAUACGUCGACGGAGGUUCUUAUCAAGGACAGUGGCUUCGCGGUAUGCGCCAUGGUUAUGGUGUUCGGAAAAGUGCGCAAUACGGAGUAGCUGCGAAGUUCCGAUCUCGGUCACGCACAAACGCAUCACUCACAUCACUGAGGUCCGAAUAUGGCGAGGAAGACGAGAGUGAAGAAAAGAAAAAUUACGGUACUUUUUUUGAACAGGUUGACUCUAGGCCAGUGUUCUGCUGA